UAUCUCAGGUGAGUCCACCGGUGCUGCUGCGCGGCUCACGUCGACGCUGCGGAGCGGCAUGGCGGACGGCGAGGAGAGGGACGUUAGCCCGCAGUCAGCUCGCUGCCUCCAUGUGGAGUCUCCCACCAGCUGUAGGUUGACCCAUGACAUCAGCCUGGGUGAGUUUGAAGAUGAUGACCUGUCGGAGAUUACAGAGAUCACAGAUGAGCGCGGGGUGAGCCUUAACUGCAAUGGCCCUGAUGUAAAGGGCCACGUGAGGCGAGGGACCAAUAGCCGGCCGGGGAGGGCAGAGCUCGGUGCCGUCGGUCAGCUCCAGGCUGAGAUGCUCCACUUGGACCUUAUUGACGGCGCCGACGGUUACCGCGGCGACAAAGAGUCCUGCAAGGCCUCCAUCACACCUCCGCCGGUCACCAAGGACCCGACACUACCGGUUACCAUGGAUACCUACCGGCCCAAGAGACCCACAACCCUUAACCUCUUUCCAAUUGUGCCACGAACACAGGACACGCUAAACAACAACUCUUUUGGGAAAAAAUACACAUGGCAGGAGAAAGUUUCCGGCUCAUCUUCACCUCUCAAAACCGGCGAGCUAACGCCUCCACGGGAGCACAACUGUCUGAGCGACGAGGACAAGGUGCAUAGCGGUGGUGCGCAGACCAAAGACAGAGGUACCUCCACCGACGCCCCCUGCAGGCACGCAAAAACAUCCGGUCGUUCGCAAAGCUCUACAACCGCGGCAGCGACGCGGCCAAAGUUUCAGGAGAAGCCACCCGCGCCACCACCACCGCCCCUGAAUUACAAACCGGCUCCUCUCUAUCCGGCGGGGAAGGUGGAUGGGGGUGGACAAAGGGUCCAGUACCAGUCGGACACUCAUCUGGAGCCCACAGAUGAGAUUUAUCUAACUCCAGUACGGCGUUCUUCUGACCCCUUGGAGCCUCUUUGCACACAGGACCGUCCUUUCCUUUCACAGCAGACUGAGCAGGGCCGCAUGUCCAUUAGCUCCGACACAGAAGGCCCACCUCCCUACCAGCCACUACCAGAUCGGACCAACCCUUCUAUCUACGAAGAGGAAGAAGUCUACAUCCCGCCGCCUUCCUACGCUUCCUGUGUUGAAUCGCUCAUCACGCCGCCAAGCAUGGCUCUCUCAGCUCAUUCUUCCCUAGCACUGGACCUCAGUUUGAAGGGCUCAGGAACAGGUGCAGGGGAAAUUUUGCGAGCUGGUUCUUCAGUAGAGUAUGUGGACGCAACAGACGACAGCUACUGCGGAGAGGACGAGGAUGUGGACAGAAUAAUUAUGGAUGAAAGAAUGAGGAAAGCGGGAGGAAAGGUGGAUGGCGGCAGCAGCAGGGCCUCCUUGCUACGAACUUCAAUGUGCUCUGAUGCCAGCGGCCUGUCGUACGACUCGGUCAAAUACACACUGGUGGUGGACGAGCACGCUCAGCUAGAACUCGUUAGUUUGCGGCAGUGCUACCAAGGUUACAGCGACGACAGCGACUCGGCCACCGUCUACGACAACUGUGUCUCCUCUCCCUAUGAGUCUGCCAUCGGUGAGGAGUACGAGGAGGACGAGGAGGAAGACUGCUCCCGCUUGGGGGGAGUGAGACGAGAGGCCACCGCUUGUCUGUCGGAAGACUCUACGCCGGACGUGGACCUGCACUUCUCGAAGAAGUUCCUCAACGUCUUCAUGAAUGGACGCUCUAGCUCAUCAAGUGCAGAGUCUUUUGGCCUAUUCUCCUGCAUCAUAAAUGGAGAGGAACAUGAUCAGAGUCAUAGAGCCGUCUACAGGUUUGUCCCUCGCCACGACGAUGAAUUGGAGCUGGAAGUAGACGAUCCAUUGCUGGUGGAAGUCCAAGGGGAGGAUUACUGGUAUGAGGGCUACAACAUGAGAACCGGAGGCCGAGGGAUCUUCCCAGCUUACUACGCCAUCGAGGUGACCAAGGAGGCCGACAGCUUCAAAGCAAAAAGCAGCGAAUGGAUGGACAGAUACCGGCUAAAGUUCUUGGGCUCGGUCCAAGUGCCGUACCACAAAGGAAACGAUGUUCUGUGUGCGGCCAUGCAGAAGAUCGCCACCAACAGAAGAAUGACAGUCAAGCACAACCCACCUUCUUCCUCUAUCCUAGAGAUCAGUGUGAAAGGAAUCAAACUGGCCGUUGAGGAGGAUUAUUACACCUGCGACGGCAGUAACGAGUGCAAUCACUUUUUCCAGCUAAAGAACGUCUCCUUCUGUGGUUUUCAUCCCAAAAACAGCAAAUAUUUUGGUUUCAUAACCAAGCACCCAGCAGACCAGAGAUUCGCCUGUCAUGUGUUUGUGUCUGAAAAUUCCACCAAGCCUGUUGCAGAAUCAGUAGGGAAAGCCUUCCAGUUGUACUACAAAGAGUUUGUGGAGUUUUCAUGCCCCACAGAAGAUAUCUACUUGGAAUAACCUCGUCCUGCCUUCAACCACAGCCCCGUACAGUACACUGUAUCAUAUCAUGAUGUUGCAUGAAGGACACAUCUAAGAAAAUAACACAUCUAAUGAGCAGGCAGGAAAGGAAGUGGAAGGGAAUACAAUAGAUCCCCGCACAUUGUAGUGAAAAGCCCUAAAAAUGCCUAUUUUUGAUACUUUAAACCUGAAAAUAUGCCAUACUUAGUUAUUAUUAUCAUUUUGUACACAUCAAGAAACAAUUACAGGUAUACAGUAUUGUACUUACACAACAUCACGUCAUGCUGGGAAAUGUUGGGCCCAUUGCCUCGUGAGACGACGCCCUUUUCUGCAUUCAUAGCUGCGGCACACAAAGCAGAGAAGUGAAACCCAUGAGAUACUGCUAGCGGGGAUCUAGUGUAGUCUUCAAAGUGUCCAGAAAUUAUGCAAAAUGGCGUCAGUGAUGCUGAAGUGAUCACAGGCUGCCCAUGAAGUGCAGCGUUUGCAGAGCGAGUCAGCAAAGUAGCAGCGGGUGGAAACUGAACCGCCUUUUACUUGCACUCAUCCUUGAGGUGAAGAUUGACAGAAAGCAGGGGUGUAACGGUACAUCUGCACCAUUCCGAUUAUGUCUUACUCCCGUCACGUUUGAUUGACGUCCCCAAUCUAAUACAAGCGGCAAUGGCGUGCAGCAAACUCCCACAAGCCCAGGGAGUGUACGUUAACGCGGCCAUAAAAAAAGACGCGGCGUGGAAGCGUGCAGAGAGGCACUUCCAUUAGUGUGCAGCCUAGCGGGAGUUGUGAUAGUGCUUCUUUCGUUUGGUGAGACAUGGAAUAUGCCAACAAGGGUUGUCGCAAUGCGGCCCGAAGGGACCGUUUGCGGAACAUGGUUCGCUUUUUUUGGGGUCCGGGGAUAAUAAGAGCAAAAAGAUAUAAUGUAACGGAAAAAAAGAGAAAAUGUUGAUAUUAAUAACUAAUGAUAACACAAUUUGAUGUAAAAUAAUGUGUGUAGCUUAUUAGCCUUUUUAAAAAAAAACAAUUAUAAACAUCAAAGUGGUCCCAUAUUUGGUAUUCUGCAAUUCAGACAAAUAGCAUCGUCAUUAACACUGUUUAUUUAAAGUCUUUACUGUGACACUUACCUGCAUUGUUUCACUUUACUAAAACAAAACCUUGUAAAUUAUCAUUAUUUAUUUAUUAAACUUGACAUCAAGAAUUUAAUUCAGGAUUACCGUAUUUUUCGGACCACAGGGCGCACCAGAUUAUAAGGCGCACUGCUGAUGAAUGGUCUAUUUUUGAUCUUUUUUCAUAUAUUAGGCGGACUGGAUUAUAAAGCGCAUUAAAGGAGUCAUAUUAUUAUAAUUUUUUUGUAAAUGGAAAACACUUGCUUGUGGUCCACAUAACAUGUAAUGGUGGUUCUUUGGUCAAAAUGUUGCAUAGAUGAUGUUUUACAGAUCAUCUACAAGACGCUUUCUGACAGUCGCUUCAGGAUGCGCCGUUUUUGGGGCGGUCUUAUUUACGUGGCUCGCUUUCGGCAGCGUCUUCUCCCCGUCAUCUUUGGUGUAGCGUGCAAGGACGGGAGUGGAAGACGUGUCAAAAGAUGGAGCUAACUGUUUUAAUGACAUUCAGACUUUACUUAAAUGAAUAACGGAGCAGCAUCUCCUCAUCCGGAAACAACCACACCGGAAAUGUGUCCCGUGAAAAAAUGUCCGACCGGAACUCUAAUAACUAAAGUUCCUUGGGUGAAUAAUGUAAACUCACUACACCGGUAUGUUUUAGCGCUUUCAUGGCGAGUUUACUGACAGAUAUAAGUUACACUACUUUAUAUUACAAAUGGCAACAGCGGAGGAUGAAUGUCCCAUAACAAGAAGAUUAAAAAAAAGAAGAAGCUUAUCGACUACGGUGUCGGCACGGACUACAAAGGCGGACCUGCACAAUUUUUCAGGAUUUACGCAGAUCCCAAAUACAGAUCAUCAGGUACUAGAAGGUAAGAAACGUUUAUUUUGCAUUAUAUUGCGAAACAAAACGUCAGAUAAUAUGUCUUACCUUAUACACACACCAUAAUAAUACUCGUAUGUUUAAUGCGCCGACAAUCUUUCAAGCGUUGCGGCUUCAUAGCUUACCGAAGUCGUGUUAAAACAUUUUGAUAGAUUUUUUAGCGCCGUGUGUAAUGUUCUAUAUUUUCAAUGGAACAUUUAACAUGUUGGUGUUGUUUACUUGAGACCCAUCAUAGUGCAGUCUACACAUAUCUCUUAUGUUUGACUGCCAUCCACUGGUCACACUUAUCAUUACACCAUGUACCAAAUAAAAUAGCUUCAAGGUGGGUAUUCUCAACCAAAACUAUUCCUUACAUUAGGCGCACCGGGUUAUAAGGAGCACUGUCGAGUUUUGAGAAAAAAAAAGACUUUAAGUGCGCCUUAUAGUCCGGAAAAUAUGGUAGUUUGCUCGCAGUUUGCCGUUUUUUUUUUUUUAAUAUUUCCUUUUAAAAAGUAUCAAAGCUGUUCACACAAAAGCUGAGCAAUUUAAUGUUUUGUAAAGUGAGGGCCUGAUUUACCAAGAUCCAAAUAAGUGGUAAAAUAGCAUGCACAAUGUGGAGAACUACUAAGACUGUGCACAAAAAACAAGUGCAAAAGUAGUACAGACUGCCCUAUUUAAAUGAGGUUUUUGCAUGACCUGUGGUGUUUUGUUAUGUUGUGGAACAUGCAGCACACAACUAUUAAUCGGUGCCACUUUUUUCUGGGCAAUAUAGAAGCCCUCUUCGACUCGACUUGACAACGACUUUGCUUUAGGGCUGAAAUUAUUAAUUGAAAUAAUAGUAAAGUUUACAUUUAUAUUCUGUUGCUGGGAUUAGUCGUUUGAGCGUAAUUCAUACAAAUUAAUCAAAUCCGAACCGCAUGAAGUGCCCUGAACUUUGAAUACGCAGGAAAUAGCACACAUGAGAGCGGUGGUGCACGCCAGUGAAAUUUUUAGCGCGCGUUUUGUCUUUAAUAAUGUUCACGUGUUAAAAGUGUAAUUUCAAUGUUGAUAAUGUGCAUUUAUUAGAAGAAAUAAUGCAAGUUAUGGCAAGCAAAAAAAACGUUACUAUUAUUUUACCUUUUAUUUCCUAAAAUACGCAUUGAGUGUAUAUGUUGUGUUUUAUCCGAUUACUUGAAUAAUCAAACAAACUAAUCAAUAGAUUACUAAAAGAAUGAAUCGCUACUUUGCAUGUUAUGAGAAGCUACUUGAUAAAACAUCACCCGGAAAAUAUAUUUGAAGCCAGCAAAGCUAAACAUACAUUGUUUAAGUGCUGUAAAUUCCAGACUACAAACCUCUAUUUUUCUGCCACACUUUGAAGCAGCUUAUGAGACGGAGCGGCUAACUUAUGGAUUUUUCUUCGCUGGCGGCUAUUGUAAAAAUGAUUUCAUACAUUAAAAAAAACAAGCAAAAACACUGAGAGGGUGUUUUAUUGUUUGUGCUAUUGCGCCAUCUUCUGGACGAGUUUGCUCACUCCAGGUGCUGCAGUGUCCUUCCCUUUAUCGACACUUAAACCGAAGUGUCGUUCAGUCUUCUUGCCGUCCAUAGCGGUUCUACUCGUAUGGUUCUUCAUUCAUCACUCUAAGCAACGUUUAUAACUUUUACAGUAUAACUAAAACUGUUUAUACCUACAAAACCGUCCCAUGUGUGAUGUCUGUAGGGGUGUUUUCAUGCAUAUUUGUACAUUCUAUCGUAAUGUAAUGAUGCUACGUACGUCUCUUCAGCUUCCCUAUCAAAACUUCCACUUUUUGACUGGAAAUGCAGUUUUUGUCCUUCACAGGCCUCAGCAUCACUCUUGAGCGUGGGCUCAUUAAAGGAGCGGCUAGCUUCAUGUUACGUGAUUUACUCAAAUAAUGACGUGAAAGAGAUGGAUGGACAUGAAGACGACAGAAAAGAUAUGUCUGCCAAAAGUCAAAUCUUUGUGUAAAUUGACAAGUCGUAGACUAAGUAAAGAAGAGCAGGCAGCAGCUCUCACAUUCUCUUACUUUCUGUAACAUUCAGAAAGAAAUGACAUCAGCCAGCUUGAAAAAUGUUUCAACUAUAAGCUACAUGAAGGAGCCCUUGUUUUUAUUUAAAUGUUUGCAACAAUGUAUUAAAUCCAUAAACUGCUAUAAAAUUGAGUAGACGGCGAGUUAUCAUGAUGAAGACAAAAUGGCUUUUUUACCAAUUUUCAACAUUAGCGAUGCAUAAAACAUUUUGUCGCUACUGGUCCGACGUUUCCUGAAAUACAAUGUUAAAAACAACACCUAAAAGCCUUGUGCAGCUGUUUACGUAUGUAUAGUAUUCAUGUUUAAAUAACUUUUACUGCAAAAAAAUAUACCUUCCUCUAUCUCCUUGACUACUAAUAAUCGGUAUGUGCCUGGAAAAACCAUACUGGUCAAUUUCUAGUACGUACCAGACCGGAAGGAAGCUGUAUUGUUACACCCCUAUUAACAGGCAAUGCGAUGGGUCUGUGAGCUGAAGUGCAUUCUGGGAAAUGUGGUAAACUACCAAAUAAAAGGAGACUCACAGGAUUAAAUAAAAAUAGAUAAUUGCAAGAAACUGAUCACAUACAGAAGGGAAGGGAUUUAUAUGGCCCCAUUCCUGGAUGGUGAGAGGAAGAGAAGGGGUAAUUCAGUUUGCAAUGCAGUCGGCUGAAAAUUAUGGAAAGCACCACUCCGCUGUGGUCAAAGUUGGAAUAUAGAUAGUGCUCCCCCCCAAUUCGCCACGUUUCACGUGUCAGGUAAAUCGCGAAGAACGCGGCCAUCUGAAUCCCCCUCCCUACUGUACAAGUAGACAUUUGAGCGUUUUCAGUGCAAAACUACGGUAAGACUUCUCAGUAUUGUUAGAAUCCCCACACACGGUUCUCCUGUUCCAUGAUGACAUCAUCAACCCUGGCGUCCAACUCCAGGAAUAGUAGAAAUAAGCAAUAAGCUGAUAGAAUACAAACUUUCAGUCACAAUUCCAAAGUCAUUUUCUGUUGGGUAACACAACUAUACAGCAGGUACUUGGGAGCAGAAACUUCACUGGUAGUGCCUCUUUUUCAUUCAGCAUCGGGACCUUCCUCCAUCGUUGUCACAACACCGGAAGUAAUGAUGGGGGUGUUUGAAUGCAGAUUGUGAUGUUAAUGAAGAUCGCGUGUGUUAAUGUGUGUGUUUUUCUCCCCACUGCCCCCGGUGUUGUGAAAUCUACAGUGUGUAUGGAAAGUUCAAUUGAAAGCUGGAAUCUAUAGCAUGCCUUGUUGAUCAUAAAUAUGUUUGGAGUGAAGCCAAAGGAAAAGGGCGAACGACAGCACGGUUUUUCUGCAGUGGCGACAGAAAACUGCUUUUGACAUCCUCUGUCACUAACCCUCAUUUGUAAGAGAUAAUUUUAUGGGAUCUAUAUUUACCACAGAAUGUUUCUAAAACUACUGAGUUCUUGGUGAAGGAUGUGGCCAUCACUUAACCCCCCCCCCCAUGUUGGAGAAAUUGAAAGUUUCAAAAAUGGCUGAUGUAAUGAUUUAUAUGUUUUUCAAGAGCAGGUGAAGACGGACUGUGGGGGCUGCACAAAAGGUGUACAAAUAUGUCAUAUAGAAAUGAUUUAAUAUUUGUAAUUAUAAACAUUGUAUUAAUUGAAUAUGUAGUGGGUGAAAAUAUGAUUUGGAAUUUUUUUUUCUUUUAGAUGUGAAUUCUUUAUUUAAAAAUCUAAGAAACUGCGUCUCUUGUUUUUUAUUACAGGAUCACAGUGUGGCCCAAUUUGGGUCUUUAAUAUUACUUGUGUAACACGCGGGUGAUAUUUCAUGUCUGGAACACUUUCUUAAAGUUAAAUAAUAUCUUUAGAAAGUCAUAAACAGGUUUUUUUUUUUUAUACAAAACCCAAAAGCAGUGAAGUUGGCACGUUGUGUAAAUCGUAAAUAAAAACUGAUGAUGAUGA